AUGGGACAUGUCGGCAUUUUCAUCGUCGAGGAUGAUAAGGAUAGGCCAUCACUUAUAGGAUGGCGAAGUGUGAGCCCAGGCUCUCGCAUCGAAAUCUAUUCUGAGCGCGACGUAAUCCACCAGAAAAUUCAUGAGUUCGCUCUCAAGGAUUUGCCGCUCUUCCCAAUCACUAUUAACGGAAACAAGUUUCAACCAGACAAGAAUAUCGUGGGCACUUCAUCACAUUAUAUCCUUAUCCAGAGCUACAUGCCUCUUACGUUGGAACAAGAAAUCAAGUUGAAUGAUUUAGGCGAAUCAGAAGAUCCAAAGCCCAGCUUACAGCAGUAUUUCUCUAAGAAUGCGUAUCUUUACCGUUGGAACUCCACCAAUUUGGACAGGAUUAGGCUACUUGACUUCGUCGCCUAUGCUAAUGUCUUUCCAACCGAAUGCAAAAUGUCUCGAAGUUUACAAAGUAAACUACUGCAAAGACAUAAACCACAGCAAGUACAUAGUUCCUCAAAAAAACUUUGGGGAAUUGACAUUGUCUUUCAUGAUGAUGUCAAGCCCAAGGAACUAGAAAGUUCCAUCAUAGAGGCUGCACACUUAGACUCGAUCACGUUCGAGUAUGGCUUACAUAAACUUCGUUGUAAAGUUCAAGAAAGAUACUUGGGAGCUUUAUGUAAAAUAGAUGAUGUUCGGAUCAUAGAGGAGGUCCCUCGAUGGGGCUUACGAGAUAAUUCAGCCAGAACGAUUCUUGGAAUUGGGAUUCAUUACAUGGAGCUGGGCUCGAUGGAUGGCAAAGGAGAAAUUGUUGCCGUUGCAGACACUGGAUUUGACAAAGGAGAACGCGAUGAUGUUCAUCGGGCGUUCGAAAACCGGGUUGAAGAGAUCUGCGUAUGGCCCCCCCAAAACGCCCAAAAUGCCCGAGACGCCCGAGAUACUAACGGCCACGGAACUCACGUCUGUGGCCUCGUGCUCGGCAAUGGCUUAAUAAAUGGAGACAGGAUUCAAGGCGCCGCGCCGGAUGCACGUCUUUUGGUUGAAUGUCUAGGCCCGAGUCUCAAACGUAAGCUAAAUAGCCUUAGUGAGCUAUUCCAGCACUCCUAUGACAAAGGAGCGCGGGUCCAUAAUAACUCAUGGGGCACGAUCUGGCAAGGAGUUCAGUACCAAUACAAUCACAGCGCAGAAGAGAUAGACGAAUUCAUAUGGGAAAAUAAAGAUAUGGUCAUAUGCAUCGCCGCUGGUAAUGAUGGAGAACAGCAAUGCGACAGCCAGAUUGGAACCGAAGCAUCCUCUAAGAACUGUAUUACUUCGUGGGCCGACUGUCGAACAUCGGAUCAAACCCGAUGUGGUGGCACCGGGGGUGACGGUUCUCUCGACCACAUCUAG